CUCAUUACUCACACUCGUACUGGAUUUGGCGCGGGAACAACACGACCAGAAGAGAGGGUGUUGAGUCCACGCCGAGACGAUUCAAAGAAUGGAACCAUUCCCCAAGUGUGUGGUGUGCAGCACCUCCUUCAGGUACAGAGGACCACAGCCGCACCUGCUCCCCUGUCUACAUCCGGUAUGUGAGAACUGCCUCAAGUCAUGGGAGCUCAAAACACUAGUGUGUUCUGUUUGCUUGAAGAGCCAUGCCAUACAUGAAGGACAAUUCCCUGUCGAUGAGGUCACCCGAGCUGAUGUCUUCAACUUGACUUCCAAACAUCGACCGUCAGAGUUCCUGUGUACGAAUGAGGAGGAUGGAAACCAGGCUGUGUGUUGGUGUGGCGAGUGUGGCGACUUUCUUUGCGAGCAUUGUCAGGUAUUGCACGCAGGUAUCAAAUCAACCAGGAGCCAUGCGACAACACUGAUUCCUGACCUGCCGGAGAAAGUCAAAGGGUCGCAGACGGAGUGUGACAAGCACGGCCAGAGUCUGAACAUUUUUGACGCCCACUGUGACAGCUUCAUCUGCUCCCGAUGUUUCUACGAAGACCACGUUGGUCACAGUACCAUUAACGCUGAUAUGUUUCUUUCUACUGAAGAAGAGAAGUUGAGUAAUUGUUUGAAAUCUGCUACUGAUAAGAAGGAGGAGAUUGACUUGGCAACAAGCGAUGUCAAUGAGCAAACUCGUAUCAUUCAAGAGAAAGCCGUAUCUCUUAAGGAGACUGUCAAGCACACUUUUUCAGAACUGAAAACUUUGAUAGAUCAGCGAGAGAAGGAGGUCCUUGUAGAGCUGGAUCAGCUUUUAGACUCCAUGAGGAACAUCAAUGACAGUCGUUAUCCUGUCCUGAAAUCAUCAGAGACAAGCUGUCAGACAGUCCUUGACUACAUCAAAAAGACUCUCCUCUACGCCUCACCUUCUCAUCUCCACAAACUGAAGAGUUCCAUCACACAGGCGUGCGAGUCCUGCGUAAGACUUGACGUUCCCUUUGUCCACAAGAACGAGUCAUCGGUCAUGUUUUCAAAACAGGGGUUACAGGAUGUAAAGUCCCUUAUUUCAUGCAUCGGAAGUUUCUUUGUUUCUGUCAAGGACAAGGAUCAAGUAACCGAGACUUCUUCAUUCUGUUCAGGUCGUGAGCUAUGGCUUGAAUCUACUAUUGCACAACUUCGGGACCAAAAAUUAAAACUGGCGAAGGAAGUCAGUGAACUGAAGAAUAUGUCCCAAAGCGGUGUCCACGUUGUCAAUGACCUCCACGAAGAAGUAGCCAGACUCAAGGCAUUCGUGGUUCAGAUGGAUCCAGAAGGAGGUACCCGGGGUAUGUUUCUUCAUGCUGUCAGAAGACUCCAGGACGUUCGAAUCGUGAAAUGUCCUAAGAUGAUGCUGGACGCUGAAAAAGCAUCCACGAACUGGGUGCACAUAAAUGACAAAGGUAUCCUCGUAAACGAGAUGAAACCAGGACAUCCAUCUUAUUACUCGAAGAGGAAGAGCUUCAAGAACUACUGCGGCACCUGCAGCACGUUCCCACUGCCCUCUAGCGGGCUGGUGUACUGGGAGGUGGAGGCGGAACUGGACAAGCCUGUGUUUUGGAGUAGCCUCGUUCUGGAGGUCGGGGUGUGUGGGGAGGAAGUGAUGGACAAUGAUUACUUCGUCGGCAAACAAACCAACUCGUGCUGCCUCUUGUUGGCUCGCAAUGAGUUUGACAACGAAUCUGUUUUAAAAAUAAUGCAGAACGGUGAGCUGGUUGAUAUGCGAUACCGGCACGCCAGUAAGGGCGGUGUGGUUGUGAGGGUGAUGUAUGGAAUCUUGGUCAAUAUGGACAGAAAAUGUGUUAACUUCAUCGACAUCUUCAGCCAAGAAAUGUUGGCAUGUGGACAUCUUGUCAACUUGAAGCACAAUUCGAGGGUGUGGCCUGUGUUCGGAGUUUUUUCCGGCUACACUAAGGUGGCCAUACGGCUUGUUAGUGGCGGUGAUGUGCAGAUGGAGGGCUGGAAAAAGAAUCUGAUUUGCCAGUCGCAGUCCCACUUGUAACUGAAUAUAUCUCUUGCGAUCACCCAUCGUCGAUAAACCAAGAGAUUGUGUACACUAGUGUCGUCCUCACGUGAAUACUUACAGCAGUGGACUAGUUGUCUAAGGCGCAGAAAUUAGCUGGGCAGAGUUGUAUGGCCUUGGGCACGGAAGUAACCUAUGAUCGUUGGGUCGAAUCAACCCACCCUAUUAUGUUCCUAGGUCUGUGUCAGGACAAUAGCUAUCUCAGUCUCACUGGAAUUAGCCUUUUCUUUCAUUCUUUGGUUACAAAAUAUAAAAGCAAUGCAUUGUGUUUAUUCAAGGGUGAUGGCGGCCAUAGUGUAUACAAGCCUGUGAAGCAAUGAUAUUACCCUGGGCCCACUAGCCCAAAGCAAACUUAACGCUGAGGCUAUCGUAAGCCUAUGUUAAAGUAUGGGUGUUCUGAUCACCGUAGCGCUAAGAUAGCUCAGACAACGGACCCUUGGCGUCGUUCCACAAAGUAGUGCUAAGACAGUUAGUCGACGUAAAGAUAUGGGAGUUGCGACCACCUUAGCGCUACGAUAGCUCAGACAACGGACCCUUGGCGUCGUUCCACAAAGUAGUGCUAAGACAGUUAGUCGACGUAAAGGUAUUGGAGUUACGAUCACCUUAGCGCUAAGAUAGCUCAGACAACGGACCCUUGGCGUCGUUCCACAAAGUAGAGCGAAGACAGCGCUGUUUCAUGAUUUUCAUUUCGAUAGAACAUUCUUCUUUUUAAAUCUUCAAUUUUGAAAGGCAUUAAAAUCAGGGCCCCGUUCCGUAAAACGAUCGUUGCUACGAUAAUCGUAAGUAUGGGAGUUACGACCACCUUAGCGCUUUUUGAACGGGGUACUGAUCUUUGGCGCCCAUGUCAUAACUCUAUGUGUAAAGACCUGAAAUCAUCAUUUGUGCAUAUCGCAUCAGGUAGACGUUCGAAUCCGUCAGCGUCAAGGCUUCUACAUACUUGGUUACUGUGGAGUGUGUAUUUGUAUUUGUGUAACGUUCUGUAGUAGAGACGGACAUUUGGAACUGGAAUGAUGUCAUCUGAUGGCCACAUCUUUCAGAAUUUAAUGAGUUCAGUUUUACGCCGCUUUUAGCAAAUAUUCCAGCAAUAUCACGGCGGGGACAAAAAAUAACCUUCACACAUUGUACCCAUGUGGAAAUCGAACUCUUUGGCAAGACCAGCGAACGCUUUAACCACUUGGCUACCCCACCGCCCGAGCAGUAGAGGUAGGGCGAUUGAUUCUUUUAUACAGUUGGGCGUAUCGACCAUUUGAUAUCCGCUGGUGGAGGACUUGCGUUUGAACAGAAAAUGAUACUUUUGCCACAGGUCUCUUCCAACAGAAAUCAUGAACUUUUUGGAUCCUCUCAUAAAAACAAAUGUUUGUCUUAUGAAAGUGGAUUUCUUCUUAAAACACACAUUUGUAUUGGUUAUGGAGACAGUGUUGUGGCUUAUAUUUUGAGUUUAUUUAAAUGUGGGGUUUGCUCGGGUAAAGUGAUCGAUCGUUAUGCUGUAGACUCGAGUUCUAUUCCGAUCAUGGAUGCAGCGUAAGAUCUGUUCUUGGCCUCAUUUGCAUGUUUGGCGUGACAUCUUCAUCGGAACCAAGAUCAGUUUAACACAACAGCCUAUUGGUAGGCUUGCGAUGCCACAAUGAUGUAGCCAUAUGGGCUUCUGACUGAGAUCGGUUUGUGUGGACCGAUUCAGUACCCCUGUUUAACGGGUCCGGAUACAUUUUGAACAGAUGUUUUUUUAGGAGCUUUUUGGUUUACUUUUACUUAAUGUUAAUAGGGUGUUUUAUUUCAGUUGUCCCCCUGGUGGGCUGUUGGAGAAGGAGUGCGCCAAUGAGUGGGCCUCUAAAUUUGGUUACAACCAGGCGUUGUUUUAGGCGGGGUUUUAUUUUUCCACAAAUAUGUACCGGUAUAUUUUCUAUAGGGAGUUUUAUCCACCCAUAACCACUGAUUCACAUGAUAAUGUGUAUAAUUAUGUGGAAUAUUUCAAAAACGGAGUAAACUUCUACUUGCCUUUGGAGAAUGCCAAAGACCUGGAGAAGACCUGGCCCCGGGGAUCAUGAAAGUGUCUUAAGUCUGAAAAUUGCUUAGCACGAAACUUGUCCUUAGUCUACGCAGGACUUUCUCAAAGAUCCGGGGCCCUUAUUCUCGAAACGUUCGUAGCCCAAAGAAUUCUUUCGUCGUAGCCAGUGUGUUAAGAAUGGGCUUACGAAGUUCGUAGGGCUACGAACAUUUCGAGAAUAGCUAGCCAGCUUCGUGAUCCCCAGUUUAAGACACAAUUUAUUCUUAAGUCUACACUUUAAGAAUUAAGACAAAAUAUGGACUUAAGACACUUGCAUGAUCCUGGGGCCUGAACUGUGCUGUUGUAUUUUCUGUUAUAUAUUGUUUUGAUAUGAAUACUGUUCAUAUUGACGUAGAAGCAACAUGACCACGUUUGUCAUGUUUGUAUCUGCAAUGUUGCUGUCAAUAAACGCAGCUUCAGCAAGA